GGUUUCAAAAAUGAGCGCCUGACCCACCCGCCUGCCGCUCCGUCGCUGUGCAGCCCGUGUGGGACCUAGUUUGCCUCUUUAAUUAAGGCUCUACAAAGCGUAGGACCUCUGUGGGAUGCUUCCAGACGGAAACGGUCGAAAAUGAAGUUUAAACGGGAAAAAGUUUAGUAUUGUUUCUGAGGCGUCCUAGGACGGGCCGGCAGUAAGCGGUGGGUGAUGCUCCUGGUUUGGUUUCGCUUGUUUCCUUGUCCACGGCACUCAGCUGGAAAAACUUUUUAUGGUCCCAGUGGAAGUUUCUGAGCUGUGAAUUCUUGUAGAAGAUUGAUAGCUCUGCCAACAUUUGUCCACAAUAGAAGAUGGGUGGACUAAUUUCAAGAUGGAGGCAGGCAAAACCUUCCACUGUAGAAGUAUUAGAAAAAAUAGAUAAGGAAAUACAGACAUUAGAAGAAUUUAGAGAAAAAAAUCAGAGGCUACAGAAACUGUGGGUUGGAAGGCUUCUUCUCUACUCCUCAGUUCUUUACCUUAUUACUUGCUUAAUUGUAUAUUUGUGGUGUCUUCCUGAUGAAUGGACAGCAAGGCUGACAAUGACACUUCCAUUUUUUGCAUUUCCAUUGAUAAUCUGGUGUAUAAGAACACUGCUCAUUUUUUUCUUUUCCAAACGGACAGAAAGGAAUAAUGAUGCACUGGAAGAUUUAAAGUCCCAAAAGAAAAAAAUACUUGAGGAAGUAAUGGAAAAGGAAACGUACAAGACUGCUAAACUAAUCCUUGAAAGGUUUGAUCCAGAAUCGAGUGCAAAGGAGACUGAACUACCAUCUGCUGGAACAUCUGCAACCUCAAGACCUGGACAAGAAAUUCGUCAGAGGACUGCAGCUCAAAGAAAUACUUCUUCACCCCCACCUGCAAGUCCCAAACAAGGCUCUCCAAAGUCCCCGCUUCCAGCAUCUCCUAAUCUGCAGAGAGAGACACCAGCCCUGAGCGGGCUUCCAGAAAGAACUGCUGUGCCAUCCUUGCAAUCAAAUGUUUUACCAAGACGCCCUGGCUCCCCUGCUACUUCAGUGCCUGGAAUGGGUCUUCAUCCUCCAGGCCCUCCUUUGGCAAGACCUGUUCUUCCUCGAGAAAGAGGAGUUGUGGAUAGAGUUAUUGAAUAUUUGGUUGGUGAUGGUCCUCAGAACAGGUAUGCCCUUAUAUGUCAGCAAUGUUUUUCUCACAAUGGUAUGGCUUUGAAGGAGGAGUUUGAAUACAUAGCAUUUAGGUGUGCCUACUGCUUCUUCUUGAAUCCUGCAAGAAAAACUAGACCUCAAGCUCCACGACUUCCAGACUUCAGCUUUGAAAAAAAGCAAACUACAGAAAUGCGAUCUGAAACUGAGCCUCUAGAACCUAGAGAGAGAAAGCCCCAGGAGACUCAACAGACAAAAGAAUCUGAAGAUGAUGUGGCCCAGCUCGUUGAGACAAGUGACACAGAUGAUAAACCACCAAGUUCUGAGCAUCUAAACGAUAAGCUAGCUGAAGAAGGUGAAAAAGAGGAAGCAGAAAACAUUUCAACAACUGAAGAGGCUAUUUCAGAGUCUACUUCAGCUGAACAAAGUGAAGAAUCUUUGAUAAAUGCAGAAUAAAAUACUUCAAGUGCCUUCUGUAGCUAGUUUUUAGCUUUGUUCAUGCCUAUUGUUACUAUUCAGAGAAGCUGGAUUUGUAGAAAACUCAAGCAACAAAGACCUUCCAGCUCUUCUCAAGUUGUCUGCCCUGUAAUUCCUUGCAUCGCUUCAAGGAGUUCUGCUCAGUUGACGGAACUUAAUUUUGACUUGUUCAGCACUCAAAAGCAUUUUACAAAACCACCAAGAAAAUUCAUUUUAAGAAAACUAUUUUGAAUGAUGUUUCAAAGGAAAUGUGAAGUUGUUAUUUCUUUAGGAAUGUUUGUACUUGUAUUUUUUGUAUGUUGAGCUUUUAUUUAAACAGGAGAUCCUGUCUAUUUAUAGAUGGUAUUGUUGUAAUAGCCUUGUUGCAUUAGUAAAGGGUAUGUGUGUUUAUGUACUAUAAAUAUUAUCUUAAAUCAGAAGUAUCAUUUUAAUCCUAGCUGUAGCCUUGACUAUACAUCACCUGUAGUUGAAAUUCCAUUAAAAUCAAUGGCAAAAACAUUAAUUAGUGUGAAUUCUUAGGCUCUAAUAGACUCCCUGAAAUGUCUCUUAACUUUUUUGCUUAUAAUUGAGAAAAUAUUUGAACUUCUGCUCCCCUUUUGAAAUUUACUGUUUUACCAAAUGAUGCAAAUUUUAAAGCAUAUUAAACUAAAUUGCAUAGCUUGUUAUUUGAA